CUGCGUUAAAACAAUGUCCUCCAGGGAAAGAUCCUCAAAAGACAUUUGAUCUCACAAGCUUUGGAGUUCUUUCGAGGGACCUAACCCGGAAACUGGUCAACAGCACCCUGAGUCUGAGUCUAUGCUACUUGGAAUCACUAGGAGAUGAACACCUCUCUUAAUUACAAGUCUUUUUCCAAAGAGCAGCAAACUAUGGAUAACUUGGAGAAACAGCUUAUUUGUCCCAUAUGUUUAGAGAUGUUUACUAAACCAGUGGUUAUCCUUCCCUGUCAGCACAACCUGUGCAGAAAAUGUGCCAGUGAUAUCUUCCAGGCCUCGAACCCAUAUCUGCCAACCAGAGGAGGCACCACUGUGGCUUCAGGAGGUCGAUUCCGCUGUCCCUCUUGUAGACAUGAAGUAGUUCUGGACAGGCAUGGAGUGUAUGGUCUUCAAAGGAACCUGUUGGUCGAAAAUAUAAUUGAUAUAUACAAGCAGGAAUCUACCAGGCCUGAAAGAAAAACUGAGCAGCCAAUGUGUGAAGAACACGAAGAUGAGAAAAUUAAUAUUUAUUGCCUGAAUUGUGAAGUUCCCACAUGCUCAAUGUGCAAAGUUUUUGGUGCUCAUAAAGAUUGCCAGGUUGCCCCACUCACGAAUGUUUACCAAAGACAGAAGUCUGAACUUAGUGAUGGUAUUGCAGUACUAGUGGGAAGUAAUGACAGAGUGCAAGGAAUCGUAACUCAGCUGGAAGAAACCUGCAAAUCAGUUGAGGAAUGCUGCAAAAGGCAGAAGGAGCAAUUAUGUGAAAAAUUUGAUUAUUUGUACUCAAUAUUAGAAGAAAGAAAAAGUGAGAUGACACAAAUAAUCACUAGGAGCCAAGAGGAGAAACUGGACCAUGUCCGAUCUCUGAUGAAAAAGUAUGCAGACCAUUUGGAGACAGUGUCAAAACUGGUGGAAUCAGGCAUCCAGUUUAUGGAAGAGCCAGAAGUGGCAGUAUUUUUACAGAAUGCCAAAGCGUUACUCCAGAAAAUUACUGAAGCCUCUAAAGCAUUUCAGAUGGACAAAAUAGAGAAUGGCUAUGAAAAUAUGAGCCACUUCACAGUCAAUCUCAAUCGAGAAGAAAAGAUAAUAAGAGAAAUUGACUUUUACAGAGAUGAGGAGGAGGAAGUGGAGGAGGAGGAGGAGGAGGACGUGGCUGAAGGGGAAGAAUUGGAUGAUGUCCACACAGAAUCCUCUGGUGAGGAAGAGGAAGUCUCUGAGCGAGCAUCUCAGCAACCACAGCAGGACACUGUGCCAAAAGACACCCUAGCUGUCUCUCAGACAAACGUAGCACCAUCAUCACCAUCUCCAGCGUCAGUUAAUGCUGCCACUGCAGCUACUCAGGGUGAAGUUGUGCUGACUGCUAACCAGAAGUCUGGAGGACUAGUAGAAGCUGAACCACAAUCAGUUGGAGAGCCAACCGAUCCCUUGUUUUAUCCUAGCUGGUAUAAAGCUCAGCAGCCACGCCAAACAAGCAAUCCAAAUUCAGCCCCAGUGACUGAAAGUAGGCAGGUAGGGCCUUCCAUUCCUGUAGAGGUGAAUGCAAAGAAGGCAGAAGCUCCAGAAGCAGCUACGACAAAUGGGAUUUCUGCUGUUAGUGGUAAGGAAGCUAACACACCUACAGAUACUUCACAGACUGGGUCUGAACCAACCUCUCAAGGACAGCUGGAAGGACAGCCUGGGAGCAAUGAAAGAGUUGAUGAGCCGGCUCGUCAUGUCUUCUCUUUUUCCUGGUUGAACUCAUUGAAUGAAUGAUGACUCUCAGUCCAGCUGGCUUCUGGAGGAACCCAUGGACAGCAAGUGACAUGGCUGGAAGUGAGAAGAAAUAACGCAUUGAAAGAAAUGGUGGGUCAGAUUUUACCCAAAAGACUUUGUUUGAUCAUGAUCACACUGGAUCUGACUUUGUGAGAAUUGGGGAAGCAGCUGAACUACUUGGGAAAUGGGGUGGGAGGGAAGAAAGAAUGUGAGCUAAGGGCUAGUAAUAAACCAACUGAGGGUCAAGUUCACGCAAGCUUUUGAAGUAAUAUCAAAUAUCACAUGGUCACCUUAUUACCUGUCCAGGUCACCUCCAUAAACAAGUACUGAGUUUGUAGUUAAGGUUUUAUCUGUGAUAGCUGAUCUGUGAUGUAACCAAGCUGUUGCAUGAUCAUUGCAAUUGACCCUGAGAGUGCUCAAGCAAAAUUAAUGUCAAAAAAGGAAUGUGUUGACACAAAAGUAGCACAAUACUGUUAUCACAAGUAAAGUGUUAAAAGGCACACUAUACACAUUUGUAAAUGUCUUGGCCCUUUCUGUAUACAGUUUUAAAGAAGUGCUUUAUCAACAUUGUUGUAUAAAAUAUCAGCUGUUUCCUCACUAAAGGCAUUAUUGUUGUUAAUAAACUUCUCAUUAUUCAGGAA